AUGGAGGGAGGGGCUGGGAUCCCUGAGCAGAAGGCAGUCCAGGAGGAGCUCUCCAAAAGGACACAGACAUGUGACUGGGGAGAAGAUGGGACAGAGGCAGGGGGUGGGCCCCGGACCCCUCCCCCCGGGACCGACGGGGAGCCACCGGAGAAGGGGGACGCGGAGCGGGCCGACUCCACCUACGGCUCCUCCUCGCUCACCGAGCCCUUGCCUUUGCUGGGGGGCCCCGGGACCGACGACCCGGCCCCCGGCUCGGCGCUGCCCCCCGCGGGGACCCUGAGCCCUCAGCAGCUCGAAGCCCUCACUUACAUCUCGGAGGACGGAGACACGCUGCUCCACCUGGCAGUGAUUCAUGAGGCCCCAACUGUGCUGCUCUGCUGCCUGGCUUUGCUGCCCCAAGAGGUCCUGGACAUUCAGAACAACCUGUAUCAGACAGCACUCCACCUGGCUGUUCACCUGGACCAGCCAGGGGCAGUUCAGGCACUGGUGCUGAAGGGGGCCAGCCGAGUGCUACAAGACAGACACGGAGACACAGCGCUACAUGUGGCCUGUAGGCGCCAGCAUCUGGCCUGUGCUCGCUGCCUGCUGCAGGGGCAACCAGAACCAGGCCGAGAACCACCGCACUCCCUGGACCUCCAGCUGCAAAACUGGCAAGGUCUGGCCUGUCUCCACAUCGCCACCCUACAGAAGAACCAGCCACUCAUGGAACUGCUGCUUCAGAGUGGAGCUGACAUUGAUGCCCAGGAGGGCACCAGUGGGAAGACUGCCCUGCACCUGGCUGUGGAAACCCAGGAGCGCAGCCUGGUGCAGUAUUUGCUGCAGGCUGGUGCCCGGGUCGAUGCUCGCAUGCUCAAUGGAUGCACACCUCUGCACCUGGCAGCUGGCCGGGGCCUCAGGGCCAUCUCAUCCACACUGUGUGAGGCUGGUGCUGACUCCCUGCUGCUCAAUGUGGAAGAUGAGACGCCCCAGGACCUGGCUGAUCCCCUGACACUUCUGCCCUUCGAUGACCUGAAGAUCUCAGGAAAGCCACUGCUGUGUGUUGACUGAACCCAGUGUCCUGAGGAUUCUGCCUCUCCCCAUAUGGAGACUGCAGUUUAGAAACAAGCAAUUCUGGUGUCCUAGGGACUGCUGAGGCCAGAGCCUGGGGCCUGGACAGUCCAGAGCUGAGAGCGAGGAUUGCAAGUGAGAAAAGGCUGUUCUGGAUGGAAGGAAGAACUUCUGGGAUGGACUGGAUGAAGAGUUUUGGAGGACCCUCUCAAAGCCCCAGCUAUCCUGGGUGAAGCCCACUAGCAUCUGUUGAAGAUGGCAGGGGGUGGGUCCCGUAUUUCUACACAUGUUGGAUCAGGCUGAAAUGCCAAGCAGCAGGAAAACAUGGAUCCCUCUGAAUAAGAGACUGCAAGAGGAUAAAGGGAGAGGCCUCAAGGGUCUCAUCUAAAACACUGAUGUUGAAGACUUCUUACAGAAGCCCUGAACUUUGGGAAGGGAUAUUUCAGUAACAUGACACUAAAAUGGCAGACUUAAAAAAAAAAAACAAACAAAAAGUUUUUCUUCUAGAGCUGUUUCUGUAAUUAGGCCUUCCCUGCAAUCUUGUGGCCAAGGUAGAGGCAAAGAAGGAAAUUGUCCCCUGAGCAAGGCUGAAUCUUGCUAGAGCCAGGUAGGGAUCUGAGAAUUCCCAGGUCUGUUUCUGACCAGCACAGCUUCUAUCUUUCCUGUGGAAAUGCAGAAGGAUGGAGAGGGAGGAGGACUGAGAAGAUACAAGCCCUGGGGCUGCCAUCUGUUGGAGCACGGGGAGGCUGAGCGGGGAAACAGCCCUCCAGUUCCCUCCCAUUCCACAGGCUGAGGGCCAUACUGGGUCAGCCUAUGACUGGCAACAAGAACAUGGAGCGGUAAACCACACGGCUUCUGACUGAAAGCUUCUAGUCUAGCAAGACUGACCACCAUUAAAGUCAUCAGCACCA